AUGCGUUCCUCCAUCAUCACGAGCGCCCUGCUCCUCUUUGGCGCCGUCCAAGCCGACCCCGGAGCCAAAAAGAACACCGGCGGUCCCAUCGACGCCUCCAUCCUCGCUCACACCGGCGAGCCAGCAGGCAAAGAGAUCAAGAUCGCCAACAACCUAACAGUCUACAUCUCCCCGCCCCCCCCCAAAUCCCCCCGCACCAAACCCCGGUCCCAAUCCGCCAUCCUCCUCCUCACCGACGUCUUCGGCCUCAACCUCCUUCAAAAUAAGCUGCUAGCCGACUCCUUCGCCCGGGCAGGCUACCUCACCCUCGUCCCAGACCUUUUUGCUGGCUCCCCCGCCCCGUCGGACAUCAACGACCCCGCCUCCGCCAACUUUUCCAUCCCGGCGUUUUUAGCAGCUCACCAACCCCCCGUCACAGACCCUAUCAUCGCCUCCGCCAUCUCCCACCUCCGCGGCAGCCUCAACAUCUCGAGUAUCGCCGCGGCGGGCUACUGCUUUGGGGGGCGGUACGCACUCAGGGUUGUCAACCCUUCCCCAGGGGGAGCAGACGUAGCUUUUGCCGCGCACCCGAGUCUGCUGACUGAUGAGGAGAUCAGCGGGGUGGAAAAGCCGGUCAGUGUCGCGGCGGCGGAUAGGGAUGAGCUGCUUACUGCGGCGAGGAGGGCGGAGUUGGAGGGGUUGCUUCUGGGGGCCGGGGGGAGGUAUCAGGUUGGUGUUUAUGGGGGGACGCCGCAUGGGUUUGCGGUGAGGGCGAACUAUAGUGUGGAGAGUGAGAGGUUUGGGAAGGAGGGGGCGUUUUUGCAGGCGGUGGGGUGGUUUGAUGAGUUUUUGGUGGGGAGGGGGUGA